AUGGCACCUAUAAGGACACUGCUGGCUUUAACCGCUUCGGGUCUCCUGCCACUGGCCUGGGCUAAGCAGGUUCAAUUUGAGUUGAACCUGAGUUGGCAGAAAGGUGCACCCGAUGGCAAUGUCCGUGAUAUGAUCUUUAUGAAUGAUCAAUUUCCUGGACCUGAGUUGCGGUUUGACCAAGGUGAUGAUGUCGAGGUUCUUGUGAACAAUAAUAUGCCCUUCAAUACGUCAAUUCAUUUCCACGGCAUCGAACAACAUGGCACCCCCUGGGCGGAUGGCGUCCCUGGUUUGACCCAAAAGCCUAUUCAGCCGGGGCACAGCUGGACAUACCGCUGGAAAGCUACUCAAUAUGGAACCUACUGGUACCAUGCUCAUGCCCGAUCCGAAAUGAUGGAUGGUCUUUAUGGACCAAUCUGGAUCAACCCGGCUUCUGAUGUUCUCGAUCCAUUCAAUUUCAUUUCCAACAAGAGUGAUGACAUUGAGGCUAUGCGGAAGGCGGAAAAAAAUCCUCAACUGGUCAUGUUGUCGGACUGGGACCACCUAACAGCUGCUGAAUACCAGCAGGUGCAACAAGAUACCCGUGUCGACAUCGUCUGCAUGGACAGCGUGCUUGUCAAUGGACGUGGUGCUGUGUAUUGCCCUGGGACUGUGAAUAUAUCUGCGGUCGAGCUUUCCUAUCUCAAGACUGCGAUUGACAACCAACCACUUACCGAUAAAGGCUGCCUGCCAAAUGUUUACGGAACCCAAGGAAACUUCCCACCCACGAACCCGGAGCGUAUUCCCGAAGGUCUCAACUCGGGCUGUGUUCCUACAACAGGUCUUCACGAGAUCAUCGAGGUGGAUCCUAACAAUCAAUGGGUUGCUCUCAAAUUCAUCAGCGCUGCCUCCAUGAAGGCCUUGAUGUUUUCUAUCGAUGAACACCAAAUGUACAUCUAUGAAGUCGACGGAAGCUACAUGGAGCCAUUGCCUGCUGAUAGCGUUACCAUUUACAAUGGUGAACGCUAUUCGGCUAUGGUCAAGCUUGACAAGCCUUGGAAGGACUACACCAUUCGAGUUCCCGACACGCAGGGUGAUCAAGUCAUUUCAGGCUUUGCCACGAUGCGAUACAAGGGCUCAUCAAACUCUGAGCCGUCUAAGCCUUCCGUUAACUACGGCGGACAGAGUACUUCUGAUUCGGUUGUUCCACUGGACGUGAGAGCCAUAAAGCCUUACCCGCCAGGUUUUAUUCCCCAGUAUGCCGAUCAGCUGGUCAAUCUCACCCUUGGCCGCUGGGGUUCCGCAUACACCUGGACCGCUGCUGGCAAUGCACUCUAUGACGUUAUGGCAAAUUGGGACAACCCAAUUCUCUACGACCUCGACGCCAAGAACAAUCUAGCUGAGCAGGUUACCAUCCAGACCAAGAAUGGGACGUGGGUCGACCUGCUUCUCCAGUUGGGCGAGAUGCCCGGCACUUCAGCCAUUCAAGCUCCCCACGUUAUGCACAAGCACUCCAACAAGGCUUUUAUUCUGGGUGUUGGUCCUGGCUUUUUCAAUUGGUCCAGCACUGAAGAGGCUUAUAACGAGCGUCCUGAUCUGUUCCACCUGGAUAACCCUCAGAGGCGAGACACCUUUGUCACAAAUGGCCCCGCGGGUCCGACAUGGAUGAUGUUGCGGUACCAAGUGGUCAACCCAGGCCCAUUCCUGUUCCACUGUCACAUUGAAACCCAUCUGUCCAACGGCAUGGCGGUUGCCUUACUGGAUGGUAUUGAUGUGUGGCCCCAGGUCCCCUCAGGAGAGGACCAGAGCCCAGGCGCCCAGGCGCGACGGCAGUGA